AAAGCGCAUUUUAGCAUGAACCCUGGAUCCCAACCCGAACGUUAAAACCGCCGUGGUUCUGAUUUGGCUCACUCGUAUAUAAACUUGCAUUCCCGGUGACUUUGCCGAACACACCUUCUCUCUUCUCUCAAAAGUUUUCGUCUUUCCUCUCUCAUUCUCCCCGGAAUAAAGAGAGAGAAAAAACAUAUCAUUCUCAGCUUCGGAACAAAGAAGCUCUGUAUGUUUUGUCUCCAUUCUUGCUCUCUUUUGCUCUGAAUACUUUCUCCCUCGUGUUCUCGUUUCAACGGUAAAUGGUGUUUGCGGCUUCUGGACAAGAGACUAUGGCCAUGGGACCCGAGAGGUCCAAGCCUCUUCACAAUUUCAUGUUGCCGUGCUUGAAGUGGGGGAGUCAGCGCCACCUACGCUGCAUGAAGGUGCCUUCCACCGACGCUGCCGGAGAUCACCGAUCUCCGCCGCCGCUCACACCGAGGAAGAGGCAAUUCGAUGCGUCGGUCAGCACCGACGUCGCGAGAGGUUCCGAGAAGAGGAUACGGGUGGCGGCGGCGGCGGCAGCGGCAGCGUCGAAGCAUUCCCCGUUGCGGUCGGGGAUUCACGCCGACGACGAUGGGAUCGAUGCGGUGAGGGAGAAGCUGAUGCUUGAUCUGAAGACUGAGGCUGAUAGGAUGAAAGAUGCGAUUUUGAGGAAGGAGGCGGUGGCGGUGGCUGCGGAUAACGACGAUGUCGACGUAGUGGUGGAGCGAAGAGCGCGGGAAUUCGCGCCGACGGCAGUGGAUACUGCGGCGGCGGCGGUGACGGUGGCCGAAAUGAGGCCGUGGAAUCUGCGAACGAGAAGGGCCGCAUAUAAGGAUCCGGCGGUUGGCUCCGGCGAGAGUGGGAAGGGACAGCUUAGGAUUGAGGAGAAGAUGCCGUAUUCGUCUCCGUCGAGGAAUACCGGCGGCGGCACCGUCGUGAUGUCCCCGAAAGUGAAGGCAAGUCCGGAGAAGAAGAUGGAAAAGGUGAAAUUUUCGUUGCCGCUGGCGAGGAAGGAGAUUGAAGACGAUUUCAUGGUGUUGGUGGGUCACCGGCCUCCGAGGAGGCCCAAGAAGAGGCCCAGAAUUAUUCAGAGGCAACUGGAUAGCCUCUUCCCUGGGCUGUGGUUGUCCGAAGUUACAGCUGAUUCAUACAAAGUUCCUGAAGAGGAGGCUACCAAGAGGUAGCAUUCAGAUUAGCAACUUGGUUUGAAGUCACGCAAGUCACGCACGCACCUGCCUUUUGUUCCUUCCAAUGCUAGUUUUGAUUUGAUAAGUAUAGUUCAUUCUUUUGUGUUUAUAAGAAUAAUUUCUCCAAAGAGAGAAAUAAAAAUGAUUGACCGAUAUCAUAUAAAGAUGUGUAGUUUCAAGGACGAAGCUAUGAUAGUAUUUCAAUUACUAGAUUUAAGAUUGUAGCACUUGUAUAUUCAAAGUUGCUUUGAUAACUGGUAAUGUUAGUUUAGUAGUCUCUUUGUGAUUUGGUAUAUUGAACUUUAUGAGAUUGCAUUGCUCCUU